AUGCACCCUACCGGACGAUCCCUAUCGCCAGCGAAAAGGGAGCAUGGUUCCAGUCAUGAACCAAGAGGCCCUUUUGACACACAACCCGAAACAGGCCACGGCCUUUGUGCGGAACGUGCAUCGCAGAGCACCCUUCGUCCCGGUGUCGUUGAGACCACUGCGCACGAUGGCACCGAUAUCUCGUGCGUGGGUAGAACGGAGAACCAAUCUGUACAGUCUCAUAUAUCACAGUAUUUCCUCAAGGAAAUAGAUCGAAAGCACGCAGAUAUCAUCCUAAUAGUGUGCGGCUUCGUUGGUGGCCUAGUCGACGGUCUAUCAUUCAAUGCAUGGGGCAGCUUCUCUAGUAUGCAGACUGGAAACACGGUCUUCAUAGCCCUAGGCGUCUCUGGUCAACCUCAAUACCCAGCCUUUCUCUGGGCAAAGUCUCUGAUUGCAUUAACAGUUUUCCUGUUGAGCAAUAUCUUCUUCAUUCACCUCUCACGCUCCCUUACACCCCUCCGACGAUCAACGCUCGUAUUUUCCUUCAGCCUCCAAACUGCCGCCCUCAUUAUCGCUGCCUCUGUAGUACAAACUGGCAUCGUCAGCUCCAGACCAGAAGAUCCGCGCGCCCCCAUCCAGUGGGUGCAGAUUCUACCUAUCAGUCUGCUAGCCUUUCAGGCCGCUGGUCAGAUCUGCGCCUCGCGUCUACUAGCCUUCGAAGAGAUCCCUACAGUUGUUCUGACAACGCUCCUUUGUGACUUGCUCGUCGACACGAAGCUCUACGUUAGGCCAUGGUCUGCAAAUCCCAAACGGAACAGAAGGGUUGCUGCGUUCCUGGCACUUUUUCUGGGCGCCAUGACAGCGGGGGGCCUCUCAAAGACUACGUCAAUUGCUAGCAGCCUGUGGUUGGCAGUUGCUUUGAAAGGGACUAUCACGCUGUCAUGGUUGGUAUGGAGGGAUGACUCUGGAACAUUAAGGUCGAAGCAAGCCCCGAACGAUAGCCCAGUUUAG